AUGAUUGAUGUCGCCCCUUCUAUAAGCUUUGACCAACGUAUUGACUGUCUACGCAAUCACGUCUCUAUUCAAAAUCAUCUCUCUCAGACUCCUCCGUCUAUUGCCACUUUCUCUGCUCAACUUGAUCAUUACAACUCGUACAGCAACUACGAUUGUUAUUACGACGACUUACCACGACAACCACAGCCAUCCUCUGUCAACUAUAUCGACUUUCAAUCCACACUCUUACCUCCUCUCCUCUCUCCAACCACCACCGACUCUUCUGUUACCCCUUCUUCAUCUCCUUUAUUGCCAACUCUACAACAGUCAGUAGAACAGGAGCACAUUCAACCGAAAACGGAAAUUGUCGGCAACGCAACCAUUACUAAAAACACGCGACAGAACUAUUCCCAAAUGACACAUCAAUCAGACCCGACUCAGUCUUCUUCAAUCAUACCUUUAACAACGUCCUCCUUUAUAGAGCCACCCGGGCACUGCUUUGGCGUCACUCCAAGUCCAAGCGCAUCUCCGGUUUCUCCUCAAUCACCUUAUUUCCCUACAACCGCGCUGACGUCAGCCCCAAAUAAUGCGGUUCUAAGUAAUACUCAACCUUCUCCAAUAAAUAUACAAUCAUCAAGAUAUAUUGCCACUGCUGCACCCGCUUACCAUCAACAGUCAGCCCUGCUUCAACAAGGCCCAGUUUCUCAACACAGAUUUAUGAAUCCUACAGACGUCUCUGUCCCUUCGGCAUCAUCUCAACAGAUGAUCACAAUAAACGACUUGCCCCCCGCUACCAAUUUCAAUCCGAGUUUUCUGAAUCAGAGGGCGUCUUAUUCUACAUCGCAAUCGGAUACCUCCUCUAUGCCAUCCGUACAUGGCUACAUUCAGCAACCGGACACUGAUUCAAUGUUUCUCAGACAAACACCAACAUUUCGAAUGCAAUCUGCAACAAUAUCUUCCACGAUCUCUCCAGCUUUUGGUGCAGCAAACACUGUUAUGCACCCUCAUCUCAAUUCUACAUGGAAUAAGGCAGCCACUGCCACUCUUACUAUUCCUCGAGCAAUGGUCACGCCUGUCAAUUCGACUGCUCCUUUCGCAACUAUGGCUCCACGGCCAAUGUUCUCUUACAGUGGUCCGCCCAAGAGCUAUCAUUCUCGUCUGCCUCUCUAUGACCGACCAUUCAAAUGUGAUGAAUGUCCACAAAGCUUUAAUCGUAACCAUGAUCUGAAGCGCCACAAAAGGAUUCAUCUUGCUGUAAAACCCUAUCCUUGUACUCAUUGCGAGAAACAGUUCAGCCGCAAGGACGCGUUGAAGAGACACAUUUUAGUUAAGGGCUGUAAUAAUGCUGCUGCGGCAAAGAAUUUACCGCAUGCAGACGGAUUGGCGGAUGAGAAUAAGACGAACAGUGCCCAAUAG